UUAAUUUUUUUGACAACAGGUAUUCUUAGGUUGUGUUUGUAAAUAAACAAAAUGUUAGUAAACUUAAACUAUUCGACUGUAACAAUCUAACAGUACAAACAGUUUUAAAUUAACAAGUGGUAUAUAGGCAGAUUCUUUAUAUACAGUCACUAUUCUUCGUUUGUAUAGGCAAAAACUGACAGACUAGCGCCUACUGUUGUUUCCCUGCCAAAACCGCAAAGACCUAAGAUUCUCUUGCCGCCCGGUCGUUGGACUACGUAUCGAGAAGAUGAAAGUAUUAAAUUUCCAUUUGAGACAUUUGUACCUAAACUGCAGUUUCUGAGUAUAGUGCUGCCAAAGGAGUUGCCUCGUUUGGUUAAAAUUGAGAGGCUACGGAGAAAAUUUCUCGCUGCUAAUAUAAAGUGUACCAGAGGAGUGGUUGUCAUUGGGUAUGAUCAAGGGGGAGCAGUACCCUUGUCCAGGCCUCGCUUUUAUUCCUAAAGAGGAUGGAAAGGCCAGCAAAUCUUCUGGAGACGUCUUGCAGAUGCUGAACAAUUUGUAUGAGUGGAUAAAUGUGGCUGCGUUCAGCUACGACAAGGAAACAGAGAAAUGGGAGGUGAUGGCACUAGAUGGCACCAAACGUCGAUACAACAUCCCUCGCAUCCGCCUCAUGUUCAAAGCGGACGAUCCCGAGACGUUUGCGCAACGCGUCAAGUUCGCAGUCGAUUUGCGGAGAGAAGUGGAGAAUAACUUACGGUUCUACCUUUAUCUGGAUUGUCUGCUGUUGGACGGGCUGCCGAUUAUGCCACGUCAUUUCAUGCCCGUCGUGAUUGCUAUGGUGCGGAUACACAGGCAGGCUCGCGAGCUUGACGAGAACCACUUGCAAAAUCUGAAACACGAGGCUGAGUUGCUUUAUAAGAAAAUGGAAGGUAAAAUGAAGAUAAUGAACACUAUACAGAAGUAUAGGGAUCUUUAUAAUUUUAUCGAUGUGCCCACUAAGGAUUACGUGCCUCCAGUGCCGGACUAUGGGCGGUACCCUUGCGUGAUGGAAGACUUCCCCGGACGACUGAAACAUAAUCAGUGGUACUCGUUGUACGUGAUUACGGAAGCUGUAUCCUGUAUACACUUGGUUGUCGAGGAGUGUCUAAAGGUGGAGUCAAUGUUGUUCUUCACUACCAAUUAUGGUAGAAACGUGAGCCUUGCUGAGUUCGACGCAGCGCAGCAGCACUGUACUUCAAUGAUGUUGAAAUAUUUGAAUAUAACUUGGCUGAAUAACACAGCACACGCAAUCAGGAUGUCGUUCAGAGAUGUCGGAAAGGGAUGGUACAAUAUAUAUGAGAAGAAAUGGGAGUUUUAUAGCAUCAGCAAGCUAUGUCGUUUCAUGCAACUUGUCAGAUUUCGCAUGCAGUACGCGCUUCGAUAUUGCAUCGAGCAGUCGAUGGCGAUGUUCGUGGCUCUAUGCGAGACGCCAUGCCUAUGUACCUACUCGUGCGAGGAAGACUUCGAAUGGGAUUCUAACGAUCUCAUCAACUCGCCUUUCCGUUCGCCCACACCCACUCUCUUCUACUUCCACCUCAUGAUGUCUCCCGAAGGACCUUAUUACACCACGAAUCCUCAACAUUUCGAGGUGGUGAUCCAGCGACUGUUCCGGGAAAUGCUGUACCGGUGCCACUUCAUACCUCAGGUGCAUCCGAUGAUCAUGACAGGACUUGUCUUUGACAAAGAGCUGUUCCUUACAUCUAUAGGUCUAAUGGAGCCUAACGUGGUGGAGUACCGGGAAAGACUGCUGAUUGCGUACCGCAAGGCUAUCAUCCCACUGCUAGCGUACUUGCGUCAGUACGAGUGUUAUAAAGAGAUAUUUGUGCUUGAUACCGAAGAGUAUGUCGAGAACUUCCGUCAAGAGAAACAUUCUGCGUCGGAGAUCCGCGAGCAAGUGCAGAUGCAUUAUGAUGCAAAACAAGAUCUUAUAUGGAGAUUGCCACAAUACAUCAAUAUAGGACCGUUUGCGCUUAACAUCGAUACUCUAAAGCAAAUGUUAGUGACGAAGCGGUCAGACAUAAUAAAGGCCUUACUAACGAUGUGGGCCGAGGAGGUGAGGCUGGUCGUGGAAGAUGUGGUAAUGGCGUACAAGGGCAUCAUGCGACGCCUCGGGGAGAAGCCUAAUACGAUAGAACACGUGUUCGAGAUCAGGGAGUGGAUGGAGUCCAUACCCUUUGCGCUGAAGACCCAGGAUGAUAUCAUGAAGAAGGUUCACACGGAUUACGAAGUGUUGGACGUCUUCUUUGUGCCGUUGGAGAACGAUGACUUUAAACUCCUGUGGGAGGCGAUCGGGUGGCCACUUAAUAUAUCGAAACAGGUAGAAGCCACUACAGAAUUUCUUGAGGAAGAGCAAGAGAAGUUUUGGAAGCUUCAUCAGCAGGAUGAGCAGACUCUAUUUGACAAAAUUGACAUGUUCACUUCACAAUGCAUGGCGCUUACACUGCAGAAUGAUUUCACUAAGGUACACGAAAUAGCAAACGACAUAAAGAAGGCAUGGAAGGGCAUGAAAGAUGCUCAAGACUGGGGCAGGGUCCUCAAUCAACGCCAGAAGUUGUUCGGGCAGCCGGUCGUGCCGUUCGCGGACCUCAACCGCCUCGUGAAGGAGUUUGAGCCCUACAGGAACCUUUGGGUCACCGCUUCUGAUUUCCUGAAAGCACGAGAGGUGUGGUUCGACAACCCUUUAAUGUACGUGGACGCUGACACCAUUGAGCCGCUCGUCAACGAAUACUACAAGACCAUAGUCAAGUGUGUGCGCACCUUCGCUGACCUACCAAAGGUGCAGAUGGUCGCCACCACCAUACGGGAUGACAUUGACGAGUUCAGACCAUUGAUACCCAUAAUCCAAGCAGUACGUAAUCCUGGUAUGAAGGAGAGGCAUUGGAAUGAAUUCAUGGAAAGAGCAGGUAUAACGGUGACAAUGAACGAGAAGCAGACAUUCCAGAUGUGUCUCAAGCAGGGCGUAGCCACCCACGGCGAGUUGAUCGCUGAGAUCGGCGAGUUGGCCAGCAAGGAGUACGUGAUCGAGCAGUCCCUGGACAAAAUGCUCGCAGACUGGUCCAACAAGACCAUGGACAUUACGCCUUACAAGGCCACCGGCACGUUCAUAAUGAAGAUAGCUGAUGAAACCCUACAACUGCUGGACGAGCACCUCAUGACGACUCAGCAACUCGGCUUCAGUCCGUUCAAGGCGGCAUUCGAGCUUCGCAUACAGGAGUGGGAUGACAAGCUGCGGCUCACCCAGCGCGUCGUCGACGAGUGGAUUGAGUGCCAAAAAGACUGGAUGUACCUGGAGCCCAUUUUCACGUCCGAGGACAUUUCGCGACAACUCCCGCUGGAAGCUAAGAAGUACGGUACCAUGGAGAGGAUAUGGAGGAGGAUCAUGUCUUCAGCAGCUGCGUGUCCUAAAAUAAUGAUAAUCUGCCCAGACAGCCGGCUAAUGGACAGCCUAGUGGAGGCACGGCAUCUGCUGGCGGUGGUGGCGCGCGGCCUUAACGAGUACAUGGAACUUAAGCGGCUGCGGUUCCCGCGCUUUUUCUUCCUCAGCGACGACGAGCUGCUUGAGAUACUCUCGCAGUCCAGGAAUCCGAGAGCCGUGCAGCCCCACCUAAGGAAGUGCUUUGAGAACAUCGCCAAGGUGACGUUUGAGGCGGAUCUGAAGAUAUCUCAGAUGCACUCGAGCGAAGGCGAGAUAGUGGACCUCAAAUACAAGUUCUACCCGUCGUCCAAUGUUGAACAGUGGCUGCUUCUACUCGAAGACACCAUGAGACAUACAAUCCGGUUGACGCUGGUGGCCGGGCUAGAGGAGUUAUGGUCGUUGCCGCGCGAGCAGUGGGUGCUGCGGUGGCCCGGACAAGUCGUCAUUGCGGGCUCGCAGACUGCCUGGACUGCGGGCGUCGAGCAGGCCAUCGAAGACUACCGGAUGGAUUGUUUCUACGAGGAGAUGCUCCAACAGCUGGACCGGCUGCGAGGGCUGGUGAAGGGUGAGCUGACGUUCUUCCAGCGAGAGGUGGUGUGCGCGCUCAUCGUGAUCGAAGUACACGCGCGUGAUGUCACGCGGACUCUCGUCGACGAGAACGUCAAGAGCGUCACCGACUUCCAGUGGAUGUGCCAGCUCAGAUACUACCAGAUAGUUCGCGACACGUACCCACUGGAAGAGGGCGAGUCGGCCGAGAUAUACCAGGAUGAGAACCGUCUAGACACAUCGGCCUACUACCGCCAGUUCAGCCAAAACCGGUGUGACGUGAAGGCGCUCAAUUCUGUCUUCACGUACCAGAACGAGUACCUCGGGAACAGUGGAAGGCUGGUCAUCACGCCGUUGACGGACCGCUGCUACCUGACGCUGAUGUGCGCCAUGCAUCUCAAGUUCGGCGGUGCUCCUGCCGGGCCUGCCGGCACUGGCAAGACGGAGACCACAAAGGACUUGGCGAAAGCUUUAGCGGUGCAGUGCGUGGUAUUCAACUGUUCCGACCAACUGGAUUUCAUGGCAAUGGGCAAGUUCUUUAAGGGACUGGCGGCGUCCGGCGCGUGGGCAUGUUUUGAUGAAUUCAACAGGAUCGACAUAGAAGUGUUGUCAGUUGUGGCUCAACAAGUGGUGACGAUUCAGAAGGCCCAAGUCUUGAGGUUGGAGAAAUUCAUGUUCGAAGGUUGCGAGCUCCCACUGAAGGCGUCAUGCUCUGUUUUCAUCACCAUGAACCCUGGAUAUGCAGGUCGAACAGAACUACCGGAUAAUUUGAAAGCCCUAUUCCGCCCUAUAGCCAUGAUGGUGCCUGACUACGCCCUCAUCGCGGAGAUCUCCCUCUUCUCCUACGGCUUCUACGAAGCGAAGAUCCUCGCUGGGAAAAUCACCACCACAUUUAGAUUAAGCUCCGAACAGCUGUCGUCACAGGAUCAUUAUGACUUCGGCAUGCGCGCGGUAAAGACUGUGAUCCUGGUAGCGGGGAACCUCAUCAGACAGAUACCGGACGGUGAUGAACGCCAGAUCGUGCUGCGAGCCCUCCGCGACGUCAACGUGCCCAAGUUCCUCGCUGACGAUCUGCUGCUCUUCAACGGUAUAAUAUCCGACUUGUUCCCGCGCGUGGAGAUCCCCGUAGUGGAAUACGGUAUCAUGGAGCAGUCCAUCAGGAACAUGCUCGUCAAACGAGGCUUCGACGAACUCUAUACGUUCAUAUUCAAAGUGAUCCAACUGUACGAGACUACGGUGGUACGGCACGGCCUGAUGCUGGUAGGACCCGCUGGGGCCGGCAAGACUAAGUGUUACGAAGUGCUCCGCGACGCACUGACCGCGAUAAAGGGUAAACUGGCGCCGGACGGCCUCCCGUUCGCGCCCGUACACACGUACGUGGUGAACCCCAAGUCGAUCACGAUGGGACAGCUGUACGGGGAGUUCGACUUGCAGACGCAUGAGUGGACGGACGGUAUUCUGUCGAGCAUGGUGCGCGCCGGUAUCGCGGUGGAGGAUCUGGACAAGCGCUGGUACGUGUUCGACGGGCCCGUCGAUGCUGUCUGGAUAGAGAACAUGAACACCGUAUUGGACGACAAUAAGAAACUGUGCUUGUCGAGCGGCGAGAUAAUGAAGCUGACUGACCGUCAGCGGAUGAUCUUCGAGGUGGCAGAUUUGGCGGUGGCAUCGCCAGCGACGGUCUCCCGCUGUGGGAUGGUGUACCUCGAUACGAGCGUGGUGGGGCUGCAGCCGCUCGUUAACGCCUGGCUCAAGAGCUCCUUACCACCGAUCGCGGAUAAUAUCCGCAAGUUACUGCCGAACCUGAUUACCACAUACUUGUACCCGUCGCUGACGCUGCUCCGAAGCCGCCUCACGGAGCUAGUGGUGUCCAUCGACAGUGCCCUAGUUCUCAAGUUCUUGGAACUUCUGGACUACCGUCUACGACCUCUCACCGGGAAGGACGACAGGCCGCCACCAGCGGGACCCUUCCUCGCGUUGAUGCCGCGGCUGGCACCAUGCUGGGUGGUUUGGGCGGUGAUCUGGUCAGUGGGUGCUACUUGCAACCACAACGGGCGAGCCAUCUUCUCCGACCACAUGCGCAGUCUCAUGGAGAAGGCGGGCAUGAAGCCACUCUUCCCCAAGGAGGGCAGGGUCUAUGAUUACACUUUGCACGACGGCGGUUUCACGGACCAGACGGAGGACGGUGAGCCCGCCAAUCCUUACUGGUACAGCUGGAUGGCCAACAUGGAGGAGUACCAGGUCGAUCCCGAGUGGCAGUACGCAGACAUCGAGGUGCCGACACUGGACAACGUUCGUAGCGCGGCGAUGCUCGGCUACAAGAUCGCGAACUACAACCACGCGGUGUGCGUGGGCCCCACUGGCACCGGCAAGACGGUCACCAUCACGUCGAAGCUCUCGCGCGGCCUCCACAAGAAGUUCAUAUGCGAGUUCAUCGUCUUCUCGGCCAGGACCUCCGCCAACCAGACGCAGGACGUGAUCGACAAUAAGCUGGAGCGACGGCGGCGCGGUGUGUUCGGCCCGCCGCCGACCAAGCGGCAGGUGUUCUUCAUCGACGACCUCAACAUGCCCGCACUCGAGGUCUACGGCGCCCAGCCGCCCAUCGAGCUGCUGCGCCAGUUCAUGGACUUCUCGGGGUGGUACGAUAGGCAGAACAUCGGCGAGUUCAAACUUUUAGUGGAUGUGGGCAUCGUGGCGGCCAUGGGUCCACCGGGCGGCGGUCGCAAUCCUGUCACCAUGCGCCUCAUGAGGCACUUCCACUACAUCUCCUUCACCGAGAUGGAGUACUCCAGCAAGUAUGCCAUCUUCAGCGUGAUCCUCAACUCUUGGACGCGAAAUUUCAACAACGUGACGGUGCGCGAAGCACCGUUCUUGAAGGCGUCCAUCGAGAUCUUCCACUCGCUGGUGGAGGAACUGCUGCCCACGCCCACGAAGUCCCACUACACGUUCAAUCUGCGCGACCUGAGCAAGGUGUUCCAGGGGAUCCUCAUGAUGGACCCCCAUGCGGUUAAGGACGAGGACGACGUCAUCAGGCUGUGGUACCACGAACACCAGCGCGUGUACCAGGACAGACUGGUUAACGACGAAGACCGACAGUGGUUUGUGGGAUUGUUGAACAAGAAGAUUCACACAGAAUUCGGCAAGGAUUGGGCGGACGUGGUCGGCGGGCGGCUCAUGCUGUUCGGCGACUUCAUGGACAUCGGCGCUGACGACAAGAAAUACGUAGAGAUCACGGACAGAGAUGAGCUGAACGAGGUGUUAGCUCAUUAUCUGGACGAGUACAACCUGACGACAACGGUUCCCCUCGACCUGGUGCUGUUCGAAGAUGCAGUGGCUCACCUGUUACGUUUGGCGCGUAUUAUGCGCCAACCAAUGGCCAAUGCACUGCUGCUUGGCAUGGGGGGCUCGGGUCGCCAAAGCUUGUCGCGGCUGGCGGCAAACAUGGCGGAGCUGCAGUGUAUUCAGAUCGAAAUAACGAAGGCAUACGGCCAGGCGGAGUGGCGCGAUGACCUCCGCCAGACCAUGUUACGCGCUGGCGCCGAUAACAGGGGGGUGGUCUUCUUGUUUUCUGACGCACAGAUAAAAAUGGAGUCAUUCCUCGAAGACCUGAACAACAUACUGAGCUCGGGUGACGUGCCCAACAUCUACGAGGCCGAGGACUUGGACAGGAUCUACAUGGCGGUGCGGCACGCGGUCAUGGAGAUGAACUGGGCCGCGACCAAGACGAACCUGUUCGCGUGUUACCAGCGCCGCGUCAGGAGCAACCUGCAUAUCGUGCUUGUCAUGAGCCCCGUUGGUGAGAUAUUCCGCGCCCGCCUCCGCCAGUUCCCAUCGCUGGUGAAUUGUUGUACCAUCGACUGGUUCAGCGAGUGGCCCAAGUCGGCUCUCGAGUCUGUCGCCACGCACUUCUUCCACAACAUGGGCGAGCUGCAGACCUCCGACGAGGUCGUAGAGGCGAUGGUGUCGGUGUGCUGCUUCGCUCACGAGAGCGUAUCGGCGGCGAGUGCCCGGUUCCUGGCGCGGUUGGGCCGCCUCAACUACGUCACGCCCAUGUCCUACAUGGAGAUGCUGGCCGCGUACGCAGACAUGUUCCGCAAAAAGCGCGCCGCCAUACUGGCAGAGUCCAAUGCGCUGAAGACCGGUCUGAACAAGUUAAACCAGACAGAGGUGGAAGUGAAACAGCUGCAAAUAGAAUUGGCGGAACUGAAGCCGCUCAUGGAACGAGCCGCCGACGAGACGAGGAAGGUCAUCGAGCAGAUAGCUAUAGACACGGCAAUAGCAGAGGAGGCUAGGAUCAAAGUGGAAAAAGAGCAAGCCAUUGCCGAGAAAAUGGCGCAAGAGACCACCGCCAUGGCCGAAGAUGCACAGAAGGAUUUAGACGAAGCGAUGCCAGCGCUGCGUGCAGCGGAGAAAGCGCUGCAGGAGUUGAACCGUAAUGAUAUAGUAGAAGUGAAAGCGCUGAAAAAACCGCCCGCCGGCGUCGUACUAGUCAUCGAGUCGCUCUGUGUUGUGUUCGACAUCAAACCUAUCAAGGAAGCGGGUGCUUCAUUUGGUGCGAAAGUGCUGAACUACUGGAAGCCGGGUUCUCAAAUGUUGGCGGACCCCACCGCGUUCCUGGACUCGCUGAUGAAGUUCGAUAAGGAGUCCAUCACUGAGGACAUGACCAAGAAACUGAAGAGGUUCAUCCAGAAUCCCGACUAUGAACCUACUAAAAUUCAAAAGGUGUCGAAAGCGUGCAUGUCGCUGUGCAUGUGGGUGCACGCGAUGUACAAGUUCUAUCACGUGAAUAAGGCUGUCGCGCCCAAGAAGGAAGCGCUCCAGCGGGCCACCAAAGAACUGGCUGCUGUCGAGGCGAUGCUAGCAAACGCGAAAGCCAAGAUGCGAGCUCUGUUGGAGGGCAUCAUGAAGCUGAACGCGUAUUUGCAGGAGAAAGAGGAUGAGAAACGCAAGAUGGAGGAAGACAUCAACCAGUGCCUCGCCAGAAUGGACCGCGCCAACAGACUUUUGAACGGUCUGUCCAGCGAACGAGUACGUUGGAUCAAGACAAUAAAGGAUUUGGACGUGGCUAUAGUUAACCUGAUUGGUGAUAUACUGCUCAGCGCGUGCGCUGUUGGCUACAUAACGCCGUUCACUGACGAGUUCCGGAGGGAAUUACUCGCUGAAUGGAUGAAGCAUAUGAAGACAGUUGCCGUGCCUCACACUGAGGGUGCUACUCCUCUGUCGACACUUGGUGAUGCUGUGCAGAUUAGGACGUGGCAGAUGUACGGGCUGCCGCGCGACCCGCUGUCGGUGGAGUCCGCGGUGCUGAUGUGGAACUCGCGCCGCUGGCCUCUCAUCAUCGACCCGCAGACGCAGGCCAACAAGUGGAUACGCGCCAUGGGUAAAAUAGAGGGGUUGGUAGUGUGCAAACCAAAUGAUAGGGAUCUAUUGAGAAACUUCGAGUCAGCGCUGCGAUUUGGAAAACCCAUCCUACUGGAGAAUGUUGGCCAGGAACUGGAUCCUGCGCUCGACCCUGUUUUAAAGAGACAGUACUUUCGUCAAGCGGGCCAACUGGUGCUCAAACUGGGUGACUCGCUGAUUCCAUUCAUGCCAGGCUUUCGGUUGUAUAUCACUACGAAACUACCCAACCCUCGUUACACGCCAGAGACUUCUGUUAAAGUUCAAAUCGUCAACUUUGCUCUAGUACCCAGUGGCCUCGCGGAACAGUUGCUAUCGAUCGUAGUAGCCCAGGAGCGGCCAGACCUCGAGGAGUUGCGCGGACAACUAAUCGUGUCGCGUGCGCAACUCGCCUCGCAACUGGCCGACAUGCAGGCGGACAUCUUGUACGGCCUGUCCAACAGCGAAGGCUCCCCCGUGGACGAUCUACCGCUCAUACUGACGUUGGAAGCGAUCAAGAUAAAAAGUGCCGAGAUCAUUAUCAAAGUAGAAGACAUAGAGAAAACAACCAUAGAGAUCGACGUUGCUCGCGCCGACUACGUGCCAGUAGCCAACCGUGGCCAGAUCCUGUUCUUCUGCUUGUCGGGUAUGGCGAACGUUGACCCCAUGUACCAGUACUCGCUCGAGUGGUUCGUCAAGCUGUUCAUACGGAGUAUGGCGGAGACUGAGCCCAACGAGGACAUAGUGGAACGAGUAGAAACUAUCAUCGAGCACUUCACGUUCCUGCUGUACCAGAAUGUGUGCCGGAGCCUGUUCGAACGACACAAGCUGCUGUUUGCAUUCCUGCUGUGCGCGCGCAUACUUCUCGACCGCGGCACCAUACGUGUGCAAGAGUUCAACUUUUUGCUCAACGGCGCCAAGAUUGAACAGGAGUUGGAUAACCCCGAACCCAAGUGGAUAUCAGCCCGCAUGUGGUUAGAUAUGCAACAGUUGGCAUCGCUGCCUACCAUGAAGCAAUUCGUACUGGACAACUUCCUGCAGCAGAUCAAGUUCUUCAAGACUUACUACGAUGCCUGGAACCCGCACAAGCUUCCAUAUCCGAAGCCUUUAGAUUCUCAACUGGAUUCAUUCCAGAAGUUGCUCGUAUUGAAAUGUCUACGACCCGACAAGCUUGUACCCGGUCUACAGGACUACGUGGUGAUGGGUCUGGGUGCACGAUUCGUGGAGCCGCAGCCGGCUGACCUGGCGGCGUUGUAUGCUGAAUCAGAUCCUAUGGCGCCCAUCAUCUUCGUGCUGUCUACCGGAACUGACCCGGCUGCAGAUCUGAUGAAGUUUGCGGACAAGAUGAAGAUGGGCAAGCGUUUCGAGAGCAUAUCGCUAGGACAGGGCCAGGGGCCCCUCGCUGAGGCCAUGAUGAAAAUCGGCUGCGAUUUCGGCAAUUGGGUUUUCUUUCAGAACUGUCACUUGUCGCCGUCCUGGAUGCCGGUGCUGGAGCUAAACGUGGAACAGAUCCAGCCGGAGCUGGUGCACAAGGACUUCCGACUGUGGCUCACCUCCACACCCUCGCCACACUUCCCCGUUGCGCUGCUGCAGAAUGGCUAUAAAAUGACUGUGGAGCCCCCUAGAGGGAUUAAGGCGAACCUGCUGAAAGCUUAUAUGAAUCAAGUGCCAGACUUCGUCGAUUACUUCAACUCUAACGACAGCAAAGUUCCAAACUUUAAGUGGCUGCUAUUCUCGCUGUGCCUGUUCCACGGCGUGGUGCUGGAGCGACGAAAGUUCGGCCCGCUCGGGUUCAACAUACCGUAUGAGUUUACAGAUGGUGACUUACGCAUCUGUAUCUCGCAGCUGCACAUGUUUCUCGUCGAGUACAGCGAGGUUCCGCUGAGGAUGCUGACGUAUACGGCGGGCCACAUCAACUACGGGGGUCGCGUGACAGAUGACUGGGACCGGCGUUGCCUGCUGUACUUGCUAGCUGACUACUACUCCACCGCCGUGCUCAGCGACCGGUAUAUGUUCGACGAAAGCGGCGCCUACAAGCAGCAAUCACCGUCGACGACCAUCGAGGAGUACACCAAGUACAUCCGCACGCUGCCCCUCAACGACGACCCGUCGCUGUUUGGCCUCCACAGUAAUGCCAACAUCAGUUACGCCAUGUCCGAGACCAAUGCCAAUAUUGACACGCUGCGCAACCUGCAGCCGAAGGAAGCGAGCGGCGAGGGUGGGCUGUCGGUCGAAGAAAUGACGGAACGCGCUGCGAAGGAGAUCCUGGCGGUCGUGCCCCCGCUGCUGGACCACAGGCACAUCGCCGCCACGUACCCGGUGUCGUACAAGGAGUCGUUGAAUACGGUGCUCAUACAAGAGGCAAUACGUUACAAUAGACUCCUGAACGUUAUCAACAACUCGCUGAGAGACCUAUUGAAGGCCCUCAAGGGUCUAGUGGUGAUGUCCGAAGCCCUGGAGAGCAUGGCGGCCAGUUUGGCACGCAACGCUGUGCCUCUCAUGUGGAGUUCGAAGGCGUAUCCUUCGCUUAAACCGCUCGCCGCAUGGGUGAAGGACCUGUGCCUCCGUGUGCAGUUCAUGCAGCAGUGGGCAGACGGCGGUAUACCGAAGGUGUUCUGGAUCUCAGGGUUCUACUUCCCGCAGGCGUUCCUCACCGGGGCGUUACAGAACUACGCCCGGAAACACGUUAUCGCUAUAGAUACUGUUUCGUACGCGUUUGAGGCGUUGCCGAGUGCACCGGCCAAGAAGCCGGACGACGGAUGCUGUGUCCGCGGCCUUUUCCUGGAGGGAGCGCGAUGGAACAUGGGCGACAUGGCGCUCGAGGAAAGCCGCCCCAAGGAAUUGCACACAGAGAUGGCGAUUAUGUACAUGAAACCCGAGCAAAACCACAAACUGCAGCCAGGUCUAUACGAGUGUCCCACAUACAAGACGUUGCUCAGAGCCGGGACGCUGUCGACUACGGGCCACUCCACCAACUACGUAAUGACCAUAGAGCUAACUACACACAAGCCACAGGCGCACUGGAUCAAACGGGGCGUCGCGUUGUUUUGUGCUUUAGAUUAUUAAACUUUUUAUUAAAAACAAA